AUGUACUGUGCGUUUAUCGACUGCAUGAGUUACAACAAGGCAGAGAUACGUGGUUGCCGGAAAGGGGAAGUUGAUGCCACAUGGCCCGUCUGCGAGGGACCAGGAACAGGCGUUCCUAGCUCCCUGAGAUCUACGGUGCCGGGGCGGGAGGUUUCAUGUACUUCCAUGGGUAUCUCCCGUAUUGUAUUAUCGAAAUUCCUGGCCACCCUCAGUUGUAAGCGGGUGGCUUUCUAUAAAUUCCCCGCUAAGGUCUUGGCAGCGGGGCGAGAAAACAAUCGUCGUGUGUUUCAAGAAACCCAUUGUCCCCACCGGCUCCUCCGUGAUGCCCUAAAUUUGGGCCGCUCCCGUGUGCCCCGUUCACCCCCUACCAAUCCCGAUGCAUGA